AUGCUCACCUCCGCUCCGGCCGCUCGUAGAGGCACGCAUUCUCCUCUCCCACCUGAAUUUGCGCGCGUCAAGAUGGCUUCCGGCGACGUCGAACCUUUCCCACCACUGCAGACGGAAUUGUCGAAGAAGGAGAAGCGGUUAGGCAAGAGCGGAAGCGUGCGGCGGCGGAAAAGCAGUGGACUGGGCGCUGAACUGCCGGGAGACACAUCUGUGCCUGCGUUUGCGACGCUAGGGAGUCCGCCCGCGACUCCGACAGAGCCGACUCGCGAGAAAUCCGGCCGCCGCUCGAAGCGUCGCUCUGUACGGCGCGCCCUCUCCAAAUACAGACGUAUUUGCAUGCGACACACUUGGGUUGGGCCCCUCACGCUGGCCUUGAUCAUCAUAUCGCUCUACCUCGUUAAUCCGUCGCCCAAGAAUCCCCUCUCUGCCGCCCUCUUCCUCUCCUACCCGCUCCCGCGAGAACCGGGCUCAGAUCCCUCCACGCCCAUCCAGUAUGGCAAAGGCGCACGCGACUUCGCCUUUGUGGCCUUCUAUACCAUCAUCUUCUCUUUCACGCGCGAGUUCCUGAUGCAACGCUUUAUCCGGCCACUUGCGAUCCGCUGGGGUAUUAGGAAUCGCGCCAAGCAGGCCAGGUUUAUGGAGCAGUUCUACACAGCCAUGUACUUUGCGGUUUAUGGGCCUUUCGGAUUGUAUGUGAUGAGCCGGACACCCGUGUGGUAUUUCAACACGACUGCCAUGUAUGAGGGAUACCCGCACAAGACGCACGAGGGCAUCUUCAAGGCGUACUACUUGCUCCAGGCGAGUUACUGGGCGCAGCAAAUGAUUGUGUUGCUACUAGGAUUGGAGAAACCGCGCAAAGAUUUCAAGGAAUUUGUUGCGCAUCAUAUCAUCACCCUCACCUUGAUCUGGUGCAGUUAUCGGUUCCAUUUCACAUAUAUGGGUCUGGCCAUUUAUAUUACCAUGGAUAUCUCCGACUUCUUCCUUGCCACGUCAAAAGUCCUCAACUACCUCGAUUCGCCCAUCACCGGCCCCUACUUCUUCGUUUUCAUGUGCGCAUGGGGAUACCUGCGCCACUACGUUAAUCUGCGCGUUCUCUACUCUAUCUUCACCGAAUUUAAGACUGUCGGUCCUUACGAACUCAAUUGGGAAACGCAGCAAUAUAAGUGCUGGAUCUCGCAGAUCAUUACGUUUGGCCUGCUCGCUGCUCUGCAGGCGGUCAAUCUCUUUUGGUGGUUCCUCAUCUGCCGGAUUGCGUACCGCUUCAUUCGAUACAGCACGGCCGACGACGACAGGAGCGAAUACGAAGAGAGCGAUACGGAAGAAGCAGGCGAGAAAAAGGGUACGAAGAAGACUCAUAAUGGGAAGGCCAACGGCAACGGCGUUUCGAAUGGCACGCCUAAGGUUUUCCUGAACGGCGAGGAGAUCUCGACGCCGGAUAAGCCUACUAGCGCGAGUGACCCCGGAAGCAUUGGGUCAAGAGUGCGCGAGAGGAAGAAGAACCAAAGCUAG